ACUCCUCGGCAGUAGUUGACUGGAGGGGAUGGAGCUGCUGCUGCUGCGACGCUGCUGUUGUUUUCUCCGCCGCACAUUCAUGUGAACUGUCAACCGAGCCGUAACGACGUGAGCUGCUCGGGACCCUGUGCACGGGAAACCACCCUGAAUGGACUACCACACAGCCACCAGAGCCCGAGCCCACCUUGUUUACUCCUCCGAGGGAAAAGAACAACAACAGCUGACCACAUUUGCCAGGGAGCGAAGCGCGCGGGCAUGCUUCGCGCGGGUACAGCGAUAGAAACGCGCGCGCUUAAUGAUUAGUAUUUAGACACGUUGCUAAUUAACCAGUAAUUACAUAAGUGCUGUUUAAACCGCCAGUGCGCUUCGCGUGUCUGCUAGUGGGCUAAAAUUAGAGCACCGCGCCGCCAGCCGGGGGACACGGUAGUAUUUAUUCAGUAGGACUUUUUUCGUUUUUCAUCAACGCACCUUGGAUUGCAGUCGUUAUCACAAAGCAAGUGUGGAGCCGAGGACGAGGUCAAAACAAUUCGAGACAGACCUGAAUAGGAGAGAGAGAUGACCCUAGUUUUGUCCAUGAAUCCUUUUCUGGACCCAGAGGGAGACCCUCCGCUCUCCACAUACCAGCCCAUAUGGGAAUCGGAGCGCUGCACUAAGACCUGCCUGUCGAACCCUGCCCCACCAUGCAGCUCUGAAGAGCAAUUCACACAAGAAACCCCCUGCAGGCGAGUCCCUGAUCACGUCUCAGUAUCAAGGAUUGCCUACUUCAAGAGGAAGUUUGUUGAUGAUGACGAUGAGCCUCCCUUCAGUUUCAGGACGUACUGCCAGACUGUUGCACCAGUUUUGGAGGAGCGUGCCCAUGUGCUGCGCCUCUCCCUGGAGAAGAUGCGAUUCAUCGACGACCCCGAGGCCUUCCUCCGACGCUCCGUCCUGGUUAACAACCUCCUUCGGCGCCUGCGAGCUGAGAUCCUGCUCCAGAGCACUGACUGGUGCUUUCCACCCAACCCAGCAUUCACCACGGGCCCCUGCGUCCCGCCACCCAGCACUAACCCCGCUCACCAGGCACUCCACGGAACUGUACCCACCCGGAUCUGCUUAGCCCCCCAAGCCGGACCGCCCUUCCGUAAGCGCUUCCGGAUGGUCCGUGGGGGACAGGGGGAUCUACGCCCUGACUGUGCCCAGACAUGCUGCUGCAUCUAUGCAGCGGCGGCUGCUGCAGGACACUACCUCCACCUCCCGUUCUCCAUGUAUGACGCAGCGCUCUCCGCCUGCCCGUCCACGCCACACUCGUCCUCCCUUUUCCAGCUGGCUAGCCAUAGUAAGUUAGGCCUAACAGUGGCCAUAGAAGAGCAUGACGACGAGGAUGAAGAUGUUGAGGAGGAGGAGGAAAACGAAGAAGAAGAGAGGGAAGAGGAAGAGGAGGAGGAGGAGGAGGAGGAAGAAGAUGAUGAAAGAAGACAAGCCGGGCCUUCCCUUGAUGUUGUUAAGGACAAGUCGAGCCAGAAAAGUAGGACUAGGACCUUGCUGGGUCAUGCACACACAAGGACAGAGGAGGACAGCAGCAUGACGGAUAGGGUAGAAGAGGAGGACGAGGGAGAGCAGGAGGAGGAGGAGGAGGAAGAGGAAGAGGAGCAGGUUGUGAGACCUUGUCAGUGGGACUCUGCUGCCACAGAAAGGGAGCUCCACAAGGUCAGCUUCUGGCACCGCAGGGCUCAUAGACAAUAGAAAAUACUUACGAGUCUGUUAGAAAAUGUAAUGAUGACGACAACUGUCAUCAGUUGAAGAUUAUUUCUCCUCACAGCAGAUGAAGGUGUGAGCUACCUACACUAUAGUAAUGCCAAGUCAGCUUUAUUUUAAUAGUCUAAUAUACUCCAGGGUGGCACACAGACAAACUCCAUUCAACUCUAUUGCUAGUGUUAUGGUCAGAUGAAUAAAAAUAGACAGAUCUUGGCCACUGUUGGCACUGGAAAAACUAUUCUAAAGGUUAAGGUCACAUAUGGCGGGAUCUUAAAUCCCAAAGGUAAAGAGAAGCUUGCAAUUGCACUGUCUCCAAGACCAUUUUCAAGCCCCACAGCACAAAACUAAAGGUCUCAAGUGGGGUUUCAUAUUGGUGCAACGGUCUCGUUUCAGGACCCUAAACAAACCUAUAAAAUGAAGGGUUGUGGAUUUUGGGGGUGUGUGCUUCUGUGCGUAUAUGUGUGUGUGUGUGUGUUUGCAAGAUAUGAUGUAGCAUUUUAAAACUUGAUUUUAAGCUGUUCUUUCUAUUAAACAUGGGUUACACGUGAUUAUGUGUGCCUGUUGAUUUUGACGCUGUCUCAGGCAAUGGCGAGCGACUGUGCUGCAGUGGCUGCACAAUGUGUAUUCAGAUUAUUUUAAGAGACAACAAUCAUAAACAUCGGAAAUGUUAAAUCACAAGUUCAAGUGCCUUAGUGUUUUUAUAGAUACAUGUAUAUUGUGUGUUAAUGUAAUUGUUCUUGUUACUAAGUAGAUUUCUUGCAUUCCAAGUGACUGCGUUUGACUAAAACAGGACACAGGCAUGUAGUUAAAUGCAGGAAUUCUUUUAAACGUCAAUGAUAUUUCAAAGCAAAGUCAAUUUCCAUGCCCAAAAUGUGUUCUGUUUGUUUUUACUUCAAAAUGCAUGUUUUCUAGCGAUACCUGUCUUGACAAUGCCCAAACUUAAAUCCGACUUUCAAGGACAGUUGCUAAAGCCUUGAAAAGCUCAGUGUGUUCAGAACCUCAUUUACAUUAGUCAGAUUUUAGCAGAAAAGGCUAGUUAUGGUUUGGUUGGUCUGUCCAUUGAUGAGGUUUGACCAAAAAUAUAAAUAUCAAUGAGAUACAUACAUAGUCAUUUGAAUCAUACUGCUGACUGCCAAAACGACCCUUUCCCCCAGCGUCAUCACAGAUCUACAUGUGUAGGAAACAAACCAGAACAGGGCAGACAUACAAUCUCAUUUAGUGGGGUUUUUUUGUAUGUAUGUAUACAAAGAAAAGCUCCAGUUUUUUUUUAUUUGGAAGUUAAAGGAACAGUUCGACAAUUUAUCAAACAUUUUUCUCUUUUUUCCCCGAGCGUUAGAUGAGAAGUUCGAUAACAAAGUUAACUAAAUCCGCUUACAGGCACCUCUAGAGCUUGGUAAUUAACACGUUAUAUCUCUGUGGUGUCUCUACUGGUUGCCAGGAAGUUUCUGCACUCGGGCCAAGAAAUUGUAAAACCACAAUGUGUCAUUUUUACACAGAUUCAUUAUCAAUUAGUACACUUUAGAGGUGUUGGUAGGGGGAUUUUUUUUUUUUCUUUAAACACAGCCAGGCUAGCCAUUUCCCUGUUUCCUGUCUUUAUGCUUAGCUAGUUUAGUAGCUUCACGUAUACAUGACAGUAAUAGCUAUAUCUUCUCAUAUAACUCUUGACAAAAAAGUGAAUAAGUGCAUUUCUCAAAAUGCCACACUAUUCCUUUAACUAUCCCACCUGCCUCUGUUGUGUAGGCGUCUAGAAUUGAGCGUGAUAGAGUGAAAUCAUGUUGGUUGAGCAGUGUCAGCCUGUUUAGGUAUAAAUUAAAGAAACCCAUCAAGGACAGAUACAACACAAACCCAGUUUUAAUCUACAUAUUUGAGCCUUUCUGUCAAGAUAGCAUGAUCAGUGGUUUCUAGUUUGUUGUUUCGUUUGGCACUUUGGAAGAUGAGGGUCCAAACCCAAACCAAAGUUUCUUUUAAAAAAAGAGGAAAGAUUCUAUCAGUAAGUCUUUUUGUUUUGUUUUGUAACCUACCUUAAGGUGCAGGAAUUGGAUGGGCUCAGCGGGGCUGUUACAGUAGGUGGAAUUAUUCCUAUCAUUUUAUCUGAAGUACAAAAUAACAGUUUGCAUCCUGACUGUUUUGGCAUCGGUGACACAUCUACAACUAGAUAAGUACAACUACUAACGAGUACCAGCCCAUUUAACUUUGUUUCUCUAAACCCUCAAUGAUAAAACCCAGUGAUUAUCAGUGGUAUUUUUUAAAGAUGAAAAAAAAAAAAUUGACAAAGCAAUAUUUGUUUCUGAGACAAGAACAUGUAACUGCAUUGUCUGUAAUUAAAAACAACAAAAGAGCCAAUCUGCUCUGAUGAUUUUAUGUGAUGUUCUGUGAAAAAGUGUAAAGAUCAGUAAAAGAAAUGUUGAAAAAACCU